AUGCGAACAAAUAACAGCUUAUGGUGGUUCAAGCCGACGAAGUGUGCCAAAGCCGAUAUUGAUGCAGAUCUCUUCAAUCGUAAACGUCCAAUGGAGAUUGUUAGCUGUUCAAAUGAUUCAAUGUUCAUGGCCAAACUCGGGUGUGCGCGCCGACUCCGCCGACUCUUCCAUUGUCGCAUGUUCGAGGAAGAGUUCUUCUCCGGUGUCACAGACGGCUUUGAAUGGUUGGUGUGGUCUCGUCUGGGCCGGUCCGAUGACGUCGUCCCUUAUUCUUCUUGCUUGCAUGAUCGAGUCUUCUAUCAAGGUGCAAGUGUACGUGCAUUAUAG